AUGCUAAACAUUAGGCAAAAGCUUCUGCGCUUGCUGAUAAUACUAGAACAGACACCCCAUAGCCGGUGCAGCCUCCAGCGCGGCGGAAAUGCGGAUCCCUUUGAGCGCGGCCCAAAGGCGGCUGCAGUGCUGCGGCGGCGCCUCCGGGUGUCGCUGUUGGCCGCCGCCGAGCGGCGCUGGAGCCGCAGCCGCCGCCGCCGCAGCGUCCUGCCCCCGCAGGCUGCUCGCUCGCCCGGCCAGUGGCGGCCAGAGCGGCAGCGGCACGGGCAGCAGAGGCGAGAGCGCUUCUCGCUGGCCGGCGCCGCCUUCCCGCCCGACUUCUGCGAGGGCACCUUGCCCUACUCCUACAACCUGUGCGUGGCCGCGCCGGCCCGCGCCGCCGCCGAGGCCGCUUGGCCGCCGCCGCCGCUGCCCAUCCUGCCCGCCGAGGAGCUUCUGGCCGGGGAGCCCUGCGACAAGCCGAACCCGAGCAGCAGCAGCGCCGUCGCGGGAGAGCCGCCCACUGUCACCGACGCACCACAGCGGCUCCGCUACGCCAUCCCCGAGGAGCUGCCCACAGGCUCGCUCGUGGGGCCGCUGGCACGGGACCUGGGGCUCAGCCCGGACGAGCUGCCGGCGCGCAAGCUGCGGGUGGCGUCUGCAGGCAAAAAGCAGCUGAAAUACUUCACCGUGAACGAGGAGAACGGGAACCUGUAUGUGAGCGAGAGGCUGGACCGGGAGGAACUGUGCGGCGAGUCGGCGUCCUGCUCUGUCAGCUUCGAGGCGCUGGUGCACAACCCGCUCAAUGUUUUCCACGUCCAGGUGGACAUCCAGGAUGUGAAUGACAACUCACCAUCUUUCAGCAAAGCUGCUCUGGAACUAGAGAUAGGUGAAUGGACGGUUCCAGGUUCUCGUUUUCCUCUGGAGAUGGCCCACGAUGAGGACGUGGGAAGCAAUUCUCUGCUGACUUACCAGCUCAGCAGCAACCCAUCCUUCAGUUUGGCGCUGAAGGAGAGUGAGGGCGAAAGCAAGCAGCCGGAAUUAGUGCUGGAGAAAACGUUGGACCGGGAGAAGCAGAGCUCUUUUGAGCUGCUACUGACAGCAGUAGAUGGCGGAGAGCCCAUGAGAACUGGGACUGUUCAGGUUCGUGUCAACGUGACAGACGCCAACGACAACCCACCCGUAUUCUCGCAGGAUCGGUACCGCACGAGCCUCCGGGAGGACGCACCGCCGGGUUCGGAGGUAUUGAAAGUGUCAGCCUCAGACGCGGACGCCGGCACCAAUGCUCGCAUCACCUAUCAUUUCGGCAAAAUGCCGGUCAAAGUGCUUGAAAAAUUCGUGGUGGACAGAGAGAGCGGGACAAUCACACUGCAGGAACCCGUGGACUUUGAGGACACGCGUGCCUUCAGCCUGGCCGUGGAAGCGAGGGACGGGGGCGGACUGGUGGCACACUGCAAGGUGGAGGUGGAGGUGCUGGACGUGAAUGAUAACACCCCCGAGAUCACGAUUCUGUCACUGUCGAGCCCCGUACCUGAGGACGCGUCGGUCGGCACCGUGGUGGCCCUGCUAAACGUGAACGACCCCGACUCCGGCGAGAACGGUGAGGUGUCGUGCGAGCUGUCGGGAGAGGCGCCGCUGUCGAUCGUGGCGUCGUCGGGCGGCUCGUACAAGGUGGUGACGGCGAGCGCGCUGGACCGCGAGCAGGCGUCCGAGCACCGCGUGACGGUGGUGGCCCGGGACCGGGGCAGGCCGGCGCUGUGGAUCCACGAGAUCUGCCCGUGGGCAAAGCACAGCAGAGAGAGCUCGGCAGCUCUCGGUGCCUGCAGUGCGGGGAGGAGGCUGCGGGCGCCGCUGUUGACCGAGAGGAGCGAGAGGAAGGUCGGAGCGCUGCAGCCCCGCCCGCUGCGGACCGGCUCGAUCGUCCUCUCACUCGCUGUCUCGGCGGCCGAGCGGUUUGCGAACGUUCCCCCGGUGCGGAGCCGAGCUCCAGCGGUGCGGAGGGGCGGGAGGCAGAGGCCGAGAGCGGUGAGCAGGUGUGAGAACCGGAGUCGGA